GCACUGGUUCGGCCUGGCCAGUGCGAUCUGUCUGUCCGUCCGCACUGUCCGCUUUUAGGUGGCGUGCGAGCGAACGAGGGCGAACGUGUGUGAUGUCAUCCACUGUCUGCCGUGUCUGUAGUGCUCCAGCGAUGCAGCGCUGUGCCGGCUGUCAGCAGGUCGGGUACUGUGGCCGCGACCAUCAGCGGGCCGAUUGGAAGGCCCAGCAUCGUGACCAGUGUCGUCGGUUCAAAGUUGUACGCAAUGAUCGGCUUGGGCGCCAUCUGGUGGCGACGAGACACAUCAAGCAGGGUGAAAUCAUCUACCGCGAUGAGCCGUACGCGGUCGGGCCGAAGAUAGCGAACGUGCCGCUCUGUCUCGGCUGCAACCGCAAUCUGAUGGCCGGUUGGGAUGCGACCCGCGGGCUCGACCGCUUCCACGAAUGCUCCCGGUGCGGUUGGCCGCUUUGCGGGCCGGGCUGCGAGGAGGUGGCCCAGCACCGGCCGGAGUGCAGUGUGCUGGCGGGCAGCGGCUACCGCCCCAACAUCCGGCCCAACCCGUCCAAUCCCGAGCAGCGCGAAUCGGCGUACUGUGUGAUAGUGCCGCUGCGCGUGCUGCUGCUCGAACGGAUCGCGCCCGAGCGGUAUGCAACGGUGCAGGGGUUCGAGUCGCAUCUGGACGAACGGUUGGCUAGCCCCCUGUACGGCGUGUUGCGCUCGAAUCUGGUGCCGUUCCUGCGCCAGGUGCUGCGGCUGCAGCAGUACAGUGAGCAGACGGUGCUGAAGCUGAGUGCCAUCCUGGACACGAACUGCUACGAGAUUCGGCUGCCGGAGCAGCAUGUGAAGGUGCGCGGGCUGUACCCGCUCGGUGCGAUGCUGUCGCACGACUGUCGCCCGAACACGAAGCACUAUUUUGACGACCGGCUGCAUAUGGUGCUGGUGGCGACGGUCGACAUCCCGGCCGGUGGUGUCAUCCACGCGUCCUACACGCAACCUCUGCUCGGGACGGUCCAGCGCCGGCUUGCCCUUCGGCAGGCAAAGUGUUUCGACUGCUGCUGCGAGCGAUGCGCCGAUCCGACGGAGUACGGCACGAGCGCCAGUGGAUUCCGGUGCCCCAACUGUCGCCGGACGCCGAGCCUUGUGCUGGCGGUGGAACCGACCAACUACCGGACCGUUUGGCGCUGCCAGAACCGACGCUGCGCGUACCAGGAGCGGCCGGACCAGUACGUGGCGCGCUGCGAACGAAUGCAGCAGGAGCUGCUCGCGCUCGAUCGCACCGAACCGGCCGGCUACGAGGAGUUUCUCGCACGCCACGCUACCACCCUGCACCCCUGGAACGCGUACAUGCUGCAGGCGAAGUAUGCGCUGACGCAGCUGCUAGGCAGCGCCCGCCCAGCCAAAGCACCGCCUUCGGAAGCUGCCGCUCGGCGAACGGUGGAGCUGUGCCGCGAUUUGCUGGCGGUGGCCGAGCGACUCGAGCCCGGUUACAGCACCUUCCGUGCCAAGCUGCUGCUGGAGCUGGGGUCCGCACUCGCCACCCUACAUGCGCUCGGCGUCUUAUCGGAUCCCGAACGACAGGAAUGGCACACGGCAAGAGCCGAGCUGGAGUGCAUUGCCAAAACGGACCCAACCGUGGACGUCAGCAGCGUUGGGAAGGAAAAUGGCUCGUCGUAAACAACCACUCAACCGUGCCGGGCGAAAAAAAACGAAGUGCGUUCUGUAACCGAUGUAAGCCAACCCACGCCUCCCCGUCCUCAAGCUUCCACGCAUCCUGGCGCCCGUUCCGAUGAUUGACCGGGUGCUUGAGAAUAAAUUCCAAGGAUUUUCUUUA